UUUGUUGAUGUGUCCAGUUCGUUGAAUUUGGUUCAAAGGAGGGAGGGAGGGUGUUUGCUCCAAGGUUUUGACAGAGGCUAUGCGGGAAGAGGACUCCUCUCCGAUGGACAGUGCGGGGAACAGCGAGGAGGAGACCGACCACCAGCUACCGAGGAGGGGUGCGAGGAAGCGGAGGGCGACACGGAGGCGCACGGAGGACGUGGAGGACGGAGACACGGAGGGUUCGAGUCCCGCCAAGAAGAAAUGCAGAAAGAGCUGCGAAGGAGGAGGAGGAGGGAGUGCAGGGAGCGGAGACAGCGAGGCCAGCAGCAGCCCUGAGCUCUCCUUCGAUGACCUCCAGACACAACGUGUGGUGGCCAACAUCCGUGAGAGGCAACGAACCCAGUCCCUCAACGAGGCCUUCACGUCCUUACGGAAGAUCAUUCCCACCCUGCCGUCCGACAAACUCAGCAAGAUCCAGACGCUGAAGCUGGCAGCUCGGUACAUCGACUUCUUGUGCCAGGUUCUGGAGAGUGAUGAGCUGGAUGCGAGAGGGUCCAGCUGCAGCUACGUGGCGCAGGACCGCCUGAGCUAUGCGUUCUCGGUCUGGAGGAUGGGGGGGUCGUGGUCCUUGUCUACCACCACCCACUAGCAGGGUGGUGUGGACGGUGCUGGACGAUUAUCCAGACCGAAGAACCAGUGGAUCAGAUAGACUGAAGCUUAAACCAGCUGAGGGGCCAGGCGCUGUGCUUCAGGCCUCAGAGGAGAGCGGCCUUUUCAUAUUUCCCAUUCCGAGGACUCUAAGGUUUGCUUAGGAGCACUUAGGACAGACAGGACGGAUAUGAAGAAAGAAAGAAAGACCACUGCGACUAUGAAUGUUGUAAAAACAAAAUGAGCUCUGAGGAACUGCUCUGUUUUGAAACAUGAGAGAAAAAUGACAAUCCAUUCCACAUUCCCUGUGACAAUGUUUCACAGCAAAUUAAGUAUUUUGUAUUUAU